GAAGUCCGAGUUUGGGAAUCACCUGAUCCUAGAGUUGGCCAGACAUGGCGUCUUCGUUGGUGGUAGGUGAUCGUCUGCUGCGCGCUCUCGGGCCUGGCGGGGAGCUAGAGUCAGAGAAGCUGCCCCAGAAGCUGCGAGCCGAGCUUGAGGCCGCUCUGGGAAAGAAGCACACGAAUGGUGGUAGUCCCGGUAGCUCCCGACGCUUGGUUUCCUUUCGUGUGAUCCGGGAUCUUCACCAGCAUCUCAGAGAAAGGGGUUCCACACUAUAUCUUCAUGAGCUUUUAGAAGGCAGUGAAAUCUAUCUACCAGAGGUUGUGAAGCCUCCUCGGAACCCAGAGUUAGUUGCUCGACUGGAGAAAAUUAAGAUACAUCUGGCCAAUGAGGAAUAUAAGCGGAUCACUCGCAACGUCACCUGUCAGGAUUCUCUGCAUGGUGGGACUCUCAGUGACUUGGGAAAGCAAGUGAGAUCAGUGAAGGCUCUGGUCAUUACCAUCUUCAACUUCAUUGUGACGGUGGCAGCUGCAUUCGUCUGCACUUACCUUGGAAGCCAGUAUCUCUUCACAGAAAUGGCCUCACGUGUGCUGGCUGCAAUGAUCGUCGCCUCAGUGGUGGGCCUAGCUGAACUGUAUGUCAUGGUGCGGGCAGUGGAAGGAGAGCUGGGAGAGCUGUGACUGGUGCUUCAUCAUCAGAGUCUGCAGAAGGCUUUGGAGUCAUCAGGCUGCCACCUGCCAGUCAGCGACUCAGCCAACCUAUGAGGCUUCUUUUACUCAGCUUUAGUCAGAGGACCAAACCAGGACACCUGCUGUUUCUGUGAGGAGUCCCAUUUUCCAUAAAUUUCCAGAAUGAGCCAUGGAGAAGACUCAGAUGAUACUUCUUUUAAACUAAAAGAGUUAGUUUCUCUCUUUUCCCAAAGCCAUUGCCCAUCUGCCUUCUCCAGUCCAUUCUGAGCACUGCUGGGCCUGGGCUUUUUCCAUCAGGAGUAAAUAGAAUCCAGGUCUCCCCAGAGGUAGGCCUGUAUCGCCUCGAACUUGGCCUAGUGCACACACCUCUGGAGCAGGACAGUAAUUGAGAGCAGAAGCUUCCAGGAAAGGAGAAAAAGGCUUCAUUCA